CCAGCUGUAAUUAGUGCUUCCCAAUUAACAUAUCGAUCACUUUCUUAAUGGCUUCGAUGUUUCCCCAGUGCAAUAGGUCUCUAGAUAGACGUUCUGACAUUUGCAAGCCAAGAGAAUUUUCUACGGUUAAACCAGAGCAAGUUAGACGAUCUGCAAAUUAUCAACCAUCGAUAUGGUCUUUUGAUUAUAUUCAAUCGCUCUCUAGUAAAUACACAGACGAAGAAUAUGCAUCAAGAGCAAACAAUUUGAAGGAAACGGUGAAGGAGAUGAUACAUAAUGCCGGCAAACCAUUGGGUACCCUUGAGCUGGUUGAUGCAUUACAAAGACUUGGAAUAGCGUAUCAUUUUGUUGAUGAAAUAACUGAUGCCAUGGAGGUGAUUUAUGGUGAUUACUUCAAAAAGGAAGACAAGUGGAAUAAGAUGGAUAUCAACCUUAAAGCGCUUGGUUUUAGACUAUUAAGGCAACAUGGUUAUCAUGUUCCUCAAGAGAUAUUUCUGAACUUUAUGGAGAAGAUUCAAGAACUGAAGCCACACUUACACGACGAUAUGGUGGCGAUGUUGAACUUGUACGAGGCAUCUUAUUAUUCUUUCGAGGAUGAAGACAUAUUGGACGAUGCUAAAGACAUAACAACCAAAUAUCUCAAAGAAAAUUUAGAGAAUCUUGAUGAAAAUAUGUUAUCAUUAGUAAAUCACGCUUUGGAGGUUCCAUUGAAUUUGAGUGUAGGAAGGGUGGAAGCACGCUGGUUUAUAAAAGUAUAUGCGAAUAGAGGUCACAUGAAUCCCACGCUGAUCGAGCUUGCAAAAUUGGAUUUUGAUAUGGUCCAGGCUAUCUAUAUUGAAGAUCUAAAACACACAUCAAGGUGGUGGAAAAAUACCAAAUGGGAGAAGAACCUUAGCUUUGCUCGAGACCGGUUGGUGGAGAGUCUUUUGUGGACUACGGGUAUUACUGACAGACCUUGCUUUAGUUUUGCAAGGAGAACACUAACGAAGGUUAUCGUCUUGAUUACUAUUAUUGAUGACAUUUAUGACGUGUAUGGCACUUUGGAUGAGCUUGAGCAAUUCAGUGAUGCUACCAGAAGAUGGGAUAUCAAUGCAAUUAAAGAACUUCCAGAUUAUAUGCAGAUAUGUUUCCUUGGCUUGUACAACACGAUAAACGAUAUCAUUUACAACACACUGACAGACAAAGGCUUACUCAUCACCGAGUACCUAAAAGAAGCAUGGUUAGGUCUUCUCAACGCAUACUUAGUAGAAGCACGGUGGUACCGUGAUGGAUAUAUACCAACAUUUAAAGAGUACUUGGAAAAUGGCCUUAUUUCAAUAUCGUGUCCUUUAGUACUCAUGCAUCUUAUGUUGUCAACGUCAGUUAGUUCGUAUGAAGAAAUCAAGCGAUGCUUGGAAAGAUGUGAAACCUUAUUUCGCUACUCCUCGAUAAUCGGCCGACUUUUUGACGACUUAGGGACAUCCAGAGAUGAAAUGGCGAGAGGGGAUAUUGCAAAAUCAAUCCAGUGUUAUAUGCAUGAGACUGGUGCCACCGAAGAAGAAGCUAGAGCUUAUAUAAAAUCAUAUGUGAUGAAGACUUGGAAGAUACUAAACAAAGAACGGCCACGAGCUGGCGAUUCUCAAUUUUUAAAAGAGUUUUAUGACAAUACAACAAACCUUGUUAAGAUGGCGCAGUUCAUGUACAGUGAUGGAGAUGGUCACGGUCGUCCCGAGGUGGCCGAAUCUCGUAUAGCUUCACUGUUGCUCAAUCCAAUCCAAGGCAUUUAAUAUUAAACGAGUAUGUGUGGACUUCAUAUGCAAUUAUUCAAUGCUCUAAAUAAAGUUAUAUAAUAAAAGAGAUGGGAAUUGACUAAGAUGGUUUAUUAUUUAUUUGUGCCAAUUUUUCUUUGUAGCAAAUUAAUCUGGAAUGUCUAUCUUUGUUGCAAACUUUAAUUUAUACUUUCAUUUUUAUGAAUUUUAUUAAUCGAGUGGUC